AUGAAGCUCUUCGACAUGCACCUGCCGGCCUUGGUGGCCCUGGCCAUGCUCCUGUCUAUGGCCACGUCGGAGCACACGAGUAACUGGGCCGUCCUGGUGUGCACCUCGCGGUUCUGGUUCAACUACCGCCAUCUGGCCAAUGUUCUUUCCAUGUACCGGACGGUGAAGCGGCUCGGCAUCCCCGACUCGCAAAUCAUCCUCAUGCUGCCCGACGACAUGGCGUGCAACCCGCGCAACGCCUUCCCCGGCACCGUCUACAGCAACUCGGACCGCGCCGUGGAUCUGUACGGCGACAACAUCGAGGUCGACUAUCGCGGCUACGAGGUGACUGUUGAGAACUUCAUCAGGCUGCUGACGGAUCGCGUCGGCGCCGAGAUGCCCCGGAGCAAGCGCCUCCUGACCGACGAUCGAAGCAACAUCCUGGUGUACAUGACGGGCCACGGCGGCAACGAGUUUCUCAAGUUCCAAGACGCCGAGGAAAUCGGCGCGUACGAUCUCGCGGAUGCGUUUGAGCAGAUGUGGGAAAAGAAGAGGUACCACGAGAUUCUCUUCAUGAUCGACACCUGCCAGGCCAACACAAUGUACAGCCGACUAUAUUCGCCAAACAUCAUCGCCACCGGGUCGUCGGAGCUCGACCAGUCGUCGUACUCGCACCACGCCGACAACGACGUCGGCGUCGCCGUCAUCGACCGCUACACAUACUAUAACCUGGAGUUCCUGGAGAAUCAGGUCCAGGACUUGAACAGUAGGAAGACGGUCGGCGAUUUGUUCGACAGCUACGACUUUGAAAAGAUUCACUCCAACGCCGGUGUCCGCUACGACCUCUUCCCCGGGGGCGCCGAGGGAGCUCGGAGCCGGCUUAUCACCGACUUUUUCGGCAACAUCCAGAACGUCGAGGUGGACCGGGCCAACGACUCGGCGUUGGAGGAGGAGCUACUCUCGUUGAGCAGAACUAUUGCUCUACUUCGAGAAAAGGAAGCCAGCACGGCUGCUGCGUCGCGCAACGUCACGUCCAUGCCGCCGAGCGUCCCAAGCGAGCCGGUCAGGAAGACACAGGGCGUCACGGCUUUGAGCGAUGACGACCGGUGGACGAAGAAGAUUAUCGGGGCCACGGCGCUGGCCGGCUGCGCCCUUCUUUGGGGCAUCGGGUCAUUUCUGGAGAGAUGA